AUGACUCCAAAGUAUUUAUGGCUGGUGGCCCUGGUGGCUCUGUGCACUCCAGCCAUCCAAUCUCUGAACUGUGUUUAUCUGGAUCAUACCAUCUUAGAAAAUGUGAAACUUCUGGGCAGCACCCUGACCGGCUUUCCCUUAAGAUGUCUAAAAGAUAUCACAGAUUUUCAGUUUUCUAAAGAGAUUCUGCCGUACCUGCAGCAUAUGAAAAAGGACAUAAACGCGAUCUCCUAUCGUAUAUCUGCUCUGGCACUCACGAUUUUCAAUCCUAAAGGCGCCACCUCCCAGGUGAAAGAGGAACACUUGGAACGUAUCCGAUCAGGACUUUUUGACCAACUGCGGCAAGCUCGGGAGUGCUUCGUGGAGGAGGAGAGAGAGAACAGGGAGGAGGCCAGUCCAUCACAACAUCCUCACUCAGGGGACUUCCUGACAGUCUACCUGGAAUUGAGCAACUAUUUCUUCAGAAUCAAAAUGUUCCUGAAAAAUAAGAAAUACAGUUUCUGUGCCUGGAAGAUUGUCGCAGCAGAAAUAAGAAGAUGUUUCAUUGUAUUUUACAAGUUCAAAAGACUACUCAAAAUGAAAUCAGAAUCACCCACCUUCAAGCAAGAACUUAAAUAGAAGCUGUGACUGCUCAAAUGUCCCCAAAGACGUUUUAUUCUAAAGCCGUUACCAGGAUGCUGCUGAUGCUACCUUCAGAUGCAAGACUUUUCAAGUUCAGGGCUCAAGACAG